CUGCCACCAUCACCACGACGGCGACCACCCUCCGAUCAAAUCUAUACUCUCUGUCUGUUUUCCGGAAGAUCCUGAAUUGCAGUUAAGCUUACUAGUAUCUCUACUGACUACGUACUCCCUCCGUUUCGUUUUCCUAUUUGCAACCAAAUUAUGAGCUGUAAUAAGUUCCAGAUAUUCGAUUCUUUACCCGCAUAACAUAAUUGGUCUCUUCUUCCGAACUUAUCAUGGCGAAGAGGCUCUACCAAGUCUGGAAAGGGAGAAAUAAAUUCUUUCUUGGAGGGAGAUUGAUAUUUGGUCCAGAUGCUAGGUCUCUGGGUGCCACGUUUUCGCUCAUCGUUGUGCCCGUUAUUGUUUUCUGUAUAUUUGUUGGCAGACAUCUUCACCAUGAGUAUAAUGCAGGAUACUCCAUCAUUCUGGCAGCAAUCAUCUUUACAAUCUAUGUAUUGGUGCUUCUUUUUUUUACUUCAGCCCGUGAUCCUGGGAUCGUUCCACGUAACUCGCAUCCACCCGAGGAAGAAUUUUCAGUAUCACAGGAAACACCAUCCUUACAAUUCCCUCGAACCAAAGAAGUUAUGGUUAACGGGAUAUCCGUGAGAGUCAAAUACUGCGACACCUGCAUGCUUUAUCGCCCUCCUCGUUGCUCUCAUUGUUCCAUUUGUAACAAUUGUGUCGAGAGGUUCGAUCACCACUGCCCCUGGGUCGGCCAAUGCAUUGGACUGCGCAAUUAUCGUUUUUUCUUCCUAUUCGUUUCUUCUUCGACACUUCUUUGCAUCUACAUAUUCUCGAUGUCGGCUUUGUACAUCAAGGCUUUGAUGAAAGAUGACGAGGGUACGGUUUGGAAGGCGAUGAAAGAAUCCCCUGCAGCGGUUGUGUUAAUGGCUUAUUGUUUUAUUUCACUCUGGUUCGUCGGUGGUCUCACAGGCUUUCAUCUCUACCUUAUUAGUUCGAACCAGACGACGUAUGAAAACUUCCGGUACAGAGCGGACAACAGAUACAAUGUUUAUAAUCGGGGUUGCGUAAAUAACUUUCUUGAAGUUUUCUGCACAAAGAUAAAACCAUCUCGGAACAAGUUCCGCGGUCCUAUCCAAGAAGUUCAACGACCACCUACGGUCACGGGUCGGGAUGACGGUGGGCCAGAGGCCCGACGUGUGAAAGUAGAAGAUGAUCUGGAUAUUGGGGGAGAUCUGCUAAAGAUCUCUCAGCGCCAUAAUAGUGAAGGUAUUGAAUCAGAUAUACGUAGCAGGGGGAACGAUGAGCCAACGGAAAGGCAGUCAAGUUGGGAUGAUAUACGUAGCAGGGGGAACGAUGAGCCAACGGAAAGGCAGUCAAGUUGGGAUGAUAUACGUAGCAGGGGGAACGAUGAGUCAACGGAGAGGCAGUCGAGUUGGGAUAUUGCACCUGAAGUUGUUGGGAUGGAUACGAAUGUCGUUGAAAAUGAAAGAUAUCGUUGAAGUUUAACCUCCACGGAGUCGAAAACGGUGUGGAUGAUGUAAAUGUUCGAGAGGGCAAAAUCGUCAUUUUUUUUACUAUGUCAUCGUUGAUAGGUGCAUGCAUUUGUUUAAUGGUGUGUUCUUGUGGAUUGAUCUGUUGCCUUCAUUCUUUGUGUAAAUUAAACUAUUCAAGACUUGUGC